UGACUAUCACAAGAAACAGAAUGCCCUCAGAGCACUUCAAAAGAAAGCUCUGGACAAGAAUCCAGAUGAGUUCUACUUUAAAAUGAUACGUUCUGAGCUCCAGGAUGGAGUUCAUGUAAUAAAGCAACCAAAGGAUGAAGUGACCCCUGAACAGGUGAAGCUGAUGAGGACACAGGAUAUUAAAUACGUGGAAAUGAAAAGAGUGGCAGAAGCCAAGAAAAUCGAGCGGCUGAAGUCUGAGCUCCAUCUGCUGGAUGCCGAGGGGAAGAGUCCCAACAAGCACGUGUUCUUCGUGGACACCAAGAGAGAAGUUCAAGAGUUUGAUAUUGCAACUCACCUGGAUACUGUUCCAGAGCUCGUAGGUAGAGUGUACAACCGACCGACCAUUGCAACCCUGCAGAAAGAGACUCUGAAAGGAGCUACUGAUCCUGCCCACUUAAAGAAAUUGGCCCAGCAAAGGAAGAAUCAGUAUGACCUCCUGAAGCAGCGCAUCGAAAGAGAAAAGGCCCUCUUUGUUGUGGCACAGAAAAUCCAGACACGUAAAGAUCUUUUGGACAAAACUCAUAAAGUAAAGGUGAAGAAAGAGACAACAAAUAGUCCAGCUAUUUACAAAUUCAAGUUCCAGCGGAAACGUUGA